AUGGUUGGAAUAAAAAAGAACAAAUCAAAACUCCCGGCACCGAAAAUUAAACAGAAAAAAGCACUUAACAAAUGGAAGGAAGAAAAGAGCAACGUUGUUGGUGAGAAGAAACCGAAAAAAGCAGCUAAACUGAGCGAUGGAAAGGAGGAGAAAAAAUCCGACCACAAACCGAUCGUAUUUGUGUCCCCCAAAACGGACACUACCGAUUCGGCGGAUGAUUCGGAUGAGAUGGAAAUCACCCCACCGAAACAACCCGUGCUGGAACCAGUCCCAACGGACAUACCCGAUCCACAACUGGAAAAGCGCAAAAUAAAACAACUAGAACCACUGAUCGGAUACAUCUACAAUGGGGAUCAGAUGUCGCUGAAGCAAAGCUUUGAACAGGCCGGACUGCUACUAACGCCCGAUUACGAUGAGGAGACACGCGUGUUUCGGUUCCUGGUGAACACGAAGGAAAUUUGCCGAGCAGAAGGCGAAAAGAAUGAAGCACACUCGAAAGCGCGGGAAAAGCUAGUGCAGAUCGUUCGGUACUACUGUUACACCGUGAAGCGUGUAAAGGAGUAUCAUACGCGUAGGAAAAUUUUCUACACCCGGCCACCGAAAGCGGCACUUCAAGAGUUGGGCAAACCGCUGGAUCAGAAGAAAAUCUCGGAAGAGAACGUGGGUUUCCAGAUGAUGCAGAAGCAAGGUUGGAACCCGGGUACCGCACUCGGUGUGUCGACCGAAGGUAUCCUCGAACCGAUUGUCGUCAAGAAGCGUAAGGGCAAACGGGGUCUCGGUACGGAGGACGCCAUUAAGCCGGAUAAAGUGACGACGGAAGAGAAGGUGAAGAUACCGCUGGAAGCGUUCUACCUGAUGCUGAAACAGUACGCCGGUGUUAAUGCACUGUACGAUAUUGUGUUUAGCUCACAGUUUUCCAAGCAUCAGGUGGCCAAGUUGAAAAACUUUGCCACAUCGUUAAAGUUAAUGCCGCAAAUGAUUGGCAACAACAAGAAGAAGUUGGUCGUGAGCAGACCCCUAACAAUCAAGGAGAUCAAGGAAGGCGUCAUGAAGGGACACUCGGAUCUUUGCGCCAAAUAUGUCGUAAUACCUCCAGCGGCCGGCAUUCCGGAGAAGGAUAGAGUAAUAGUUUAG